AUGACUCUGCGAGGAGGCUGUGAGAAGGCGUGGAACGGGUGCCACAGAGAUGUUUGCCGCUGUGUGUUGCUGCUGGCUUGUUACUUCUUGAUCACAUUGGCAGCCAAACCCAAAAUGCCCGGCCACACACACCUGAACUCGAUACGCAUUGAUGGAGAUAUAUCUCUGGGCGGGCUGUUCCCGGUGCACGCACGGGGGAAUGAUGGAAAAGCAUGUGGGGAGUUGAAAAAGGAGAAAGGGAUUCACAGGCUGGAGGCUAUGUUAUUUGCCCUGGAUCGCAUCAAUAAUGACAACGACCUGCUGCCUAACAUCACUCUGGGGGCCCGCAUCCUGGACACCUGCUCCCGGGACACGCACGCUCUGGAACAGUCGCUCACGUUUGUUCAAGCGCUGAUUGAGAAAGACUCAACCGAUGUCAAGUGUCUCAGCGGAGGGCCACCCAUCAUCACUAAGCCGGAGAGGGUGGUUGGAGUGAUUGGUGCCUCUGCCAGCUCCGUGUCAAUCAUGGUGGCCAACAUUCUGCGCCUCUUCAAGGUUGGUCCCAUUUCCUCUGUUAUACAUUUCUAA